GCUUUGUAACGGAGUAGGGUUUAAUAGCUAGCCUCUGCUUCGCUUCUCCUUCUUUUUGUCGCAGAAAGCCGAAAUAGAGCUCUCUGCUUGUGGAGAACAGAACACGGAAGGAGCUCUUUAUAGAGACGAAGAGGCAGAUUAUUGUUAGAUAAACACGAAGAGCAACCAGAACAGACGCGAUUGUUUUAUUUUUAAUUUGUUUCGAGAGGAAAGAACAGGUUAAUGGAUGCAGUUACGAGCAGCAGUACAGAAAUCAGGACGCAGAUGGAUUUGGAUCGAGAAAACGGGUCAUCUUCUUCUGCUUCUUCCUUAUUGCAUAGAAAGAUCAAGUUUCAGCCGGCUACGAAAACCUUCAAUCCGUUGGUUAAUGGUUCUGCGGAUUUUCGGAUUGAGACCCUAAACCCCAGCUCCGAUGUUAGGAAUCACGUGUCGGGCAUAGGACAAUCGGCCAUGGGAGGGAAGAAACCGGACGUGUCGGAUUUGUUCGACAGUGGCUUCGAUCCGGAACUUAGUUUCGGGAUUACUGUGCGCAAGAUAGGAGCGAGUCUGGAAAAUCUUGGGAACACAUGUUUUCUUAAUUCAGUGUUGCAGUGUCUAACCUACACUGAGCCAUUAGCUGCUUACCUGCAAAGUGGCAAGCAUCGAAACUCAUGCCAUAUUGCUGGAUUUUGUGCGUUAUGUGCCAUCCAGAAACAUGUUAGCCGAGCUCUACAAGCAACUGGAAGAAUUUUAGCUCCAAAAGAUCUGGUCUCCAACUUGCGGUGCAUAUCUCGUAAUUUCCGAAAUGCGAGACAGGAGGAUGCCCAUGAAUACAUGGUCAACUUGCUGGAAUCAAUGCAUAAAUGCUGCUUACCUUCAGGUGUGCCAAGUGAAUCUGCGAGUGCUUAUGAGAAGAGCUUGGUACACAAGAUUUUUGGUGGUCGUCUCCGUAGUCAGGUGAAAUGUCAGCAAUGCAGUCAUUGUUCCAACACGUUUGAUCCCUUUCUGGAUUUAAGUCUUGAUAUUGUAAAGGCGGACUCCUUAUAUAAAGCAUUUGCAAAUUUCACUGCUGCGGAGCUGUUAGAUGGUGGUGGUAAGGAAUACAAAUGUGAAAAGUGCAACCAGAAAGUGAGAGCUCUCAAACAGCUAACUGUUUACAAGGCACCUCAUGUGCUUAACAUCCAUCUUAAGCGAUUUCGUGCACAUGAUCCUGGAAAGAUUGACAAGAAAGUUCAGUUUGGUACUACCUUAGACAUGAAACCUUUUGUCAGUGGUUCCUAUGAAGGAGAUUUGAAGUACACCCUUUACGGUGUUCUAGUUCAUUAUGGUUGGAGCAUCCAUUCUGGCCAUUAUUACUGCUUUGUUCGCACAUCAAGCGGCAUGUGGUACUCCCUAGAUGACAAUCGGGUUGUCCAAGUUAGUGAGAGGACUGUUUUAGAGCAGAAGGCCUAUAUGUUGUUUUAUGUGCGUGACAGGAAAAAUGUUGUUCCCAAAAAGCCAAUUGAUAUUCUUCAAAAAGAGGACUUGAAAGCAAAAGUUACAGUGAAUAAACCAUCUCCCAUCCCCCAAAAUUCAAAGGGACAGGUGCCCAAUGGUUCCGUAGAGAGUAAAUUGGGCGGGGCAGAAUCUUCUGCUACUGUGGUUAUGAAAAAUGCCACUAACAGUCAGAUGCAUGCAAAAUUCUCACAGCCAAAAGAGUACCCUGCGGCAGAAACUACUUUAGUUGCACCAUUAUCCAAUGGUCCGUCAGAAGUACCUUCUGUUCUGAAACCCGAUCUGGGAAUUUUGCAAUCAUUAGCUCCAUGUUUGAACAACAAUGCCAAUACAAUUAAUCUUAACACAGCUGCUGGUGCCAAAAUGCGCAAAUGUAAUGAAGAUGGUAAUUCCAGGAAAAAUUUUCAAAUCCCAGUCACUGUAUCACCAAACUGCAACAGUUCAAACAUCUCAGUUACUGCAACAGUUCAAAAUGGUACCUCACAGAGGAUUAAUCCUGUUUCAAAUGUCGGGAUUGCAAAUGUAACACCUGUUGCUGAUAACAAACUGGAAGGGAGCAUUCCAUCUGCUGGAGGUGGUUUUGGAAAAAUCAAUCUGCCUUCUCCAAAUAAGCCAAGUUAUGAAAAUAGUCAGGUAGGAACUACUUCUGUUCAGGCUGCUGGUAGUUUACUGAGUAAUGAGAACCGUGAUAAUGCUGAAAAAAUGGUGCAUGAGUUGGUUGCUUUUCCACCCCAAGUGGGCAUGAUUAAUGGAGAAAGAAAAUCUUCUGAUUGUAUUGUCAACAGAAGGUCAAAGAAGCUCCUGAAGUGUCAAGUCAGGAACAUGCAAAUUGGCUUAAAAUUUUUCUUAGCUUCCUUAGGCUUACGGAAGAAGAGGAAACAUAAAAGGAGCAAAACACGCACCUUGGACAUUAAGAAAGCUGGUGAAGAACUCUUGUUGGAACAAAAUAGUUAUUCAUCAGAUCUGGGACCAUCUACUGCUGGGACAUCUGGGACAGUUUCUGUGGGUUCAACUCGCUCGCGGAGGAAAGUGGAUCAUGAUGGUACUCCAAUUGGUGAAAGAAAAUCUAAUUGUAAUUCAUUGAUGGAUGAUACAGUUCGAGAAUUCAGGGAGAGAAUUUGUCACAGUGGUUGUGAACUUAUGAAUCAUCAGCAGUCAGAAAAGAAUUUUGGAUUAGUUUUUGAAGGCAGCCGGCAUGACACAAGCGAACUUGAUUUUCAAGCAAGAAAGAUAAAUGAUUUAGAUUUGAAAGUUAGUGAAUAA